GGAGGAAAUCCUCUCAAUAUCAGCCACCUUAAGGAAUUUACUAUGGAGAAUCCCAAUCAUUGUGUGGUGUUGAUACAAUCUUGUGAAGGGUGUGUUUAGCAUUUAAACUUAUUUUGAGAUUACAUGCACGAUAACUGAUCUCAAGCAGAACUUUGACCCACUGCAGAGGCUUGCUUUUAUUGGCCAAAGCAUGAACUGGUCUGUUGUCUUCUGAAGCCAAUUGGAUUAAAGUUAGAACAUACAGUCUGUGUCAAACAUUAAGAUCUGUUAGCCGAAUGCAGGCAGCAUGAAUAGAGUAUGGGCCAUGUUCAGAUCCUACCCAUACAUUAGCAAUGUGGUGGGCUAUACAACCCUGUUUGCCACUGCAGACUUGAUUCAGCAAGGCAUGUUAAGAGACACACAUGGCCAAAGCACAAAGCUUAGUGGGGAAGUUUCUGAAAAGGAAGCAUCAAUAACAUCCAGAGAGGAAGGAGCUAUGUCUCAUCUUGAAGACACUGAAUGGAGAAAGCAUUCAGCAAAAGAAGAGAAUUCAUCAGGAACGGUGUCAAUUGUUCCAAUUCACAGUGUUGACUUGAGCCAGACAUUUCGUGUAGCUUUGGUGGGAUUAUGUUUUCAUUCCAACUUCAACUACCACUGGUUACGUGCAUUAGAAAAAAGGUUUCCAGGGGCAGGGGCCAAAACAAUAUUUGUUAAAGUGUUUCUGGAUCAGCUAGUUGCUGCUCCUGCAACAAUAAGUGCCUUCUACAUAGGGUUGAGCACUUUAGAAGGAAGUGAAGACCCCUUGGAAGACUGGAAAAAUAAAUUCUGGACUUCUUACAAGACUGGGGUUGUCUACUGGUCCAUAAUGCAGGCAGUAAAUUUCUCUCUGGUUCCACCGAUUGCACGCACAGUUUUUGUUGGAGGAAUCUCACUGGGCUGGACUGUCUUUCUUUGUCAUUUUAGACAGCAGAAGAAUGAAGCUCAUUCCAGUUAUACUAAAUAGAAUGCAAUAAUCAUGUAUCAUUAAAUAAAUACG